AUGGCCAAGGCCGAGCUCCUCCUCCUCGCCGUCGUGUCCACGCUCUCCGUGCUGCCCUUCUCCUCCCUCGCCGUGUACCAGGACUUCUGUAUCGCCGACCUAGCCGCCAGCGCCACGCCGGGCGGGUACCCGUGCAAGCCCGCGAAGGACGUGACCGCCGACGACUUCCACUACGGCGGACUCGGCAGCCCCGGCACGGCGCUGAAACCCUUCAAGAUCUCCCUGGGCUCCGCCAUCGUCACCACGUUCCCCGGCCUGAACGGGCUGGGCAUCUCCGCCGCGCGGAUGGUGAUGGUCCCGGGCGGUGCCACGCCGCUGCACUCCCACCCGGGCGGCACCGAGCUCAUCUACGUCGUCGAGGGCAGCGUCGUCUCCGGCUUCAUCAGCGCCGCGCUCAACAGGGUGUACACCAAGACGCUGUACGCCGGCGACCUGAUGUACAGCCACGGCAACGCCACGGCGGUGACGCUGUCCUCGUUCAGCAGCGACAACCCCGGCCUGCAGAUCCUCGACUUCGCGCUCUUCGCCAACGACCUGCCCACGGAGGUCGUGAACAAGGUGACCACCCUGGACGAACUGCAGGUCAUCAAGCUCAAGGCGCUGUUCGGCGGGAGGGGCUAG